AGCGAGGGAGAAGGUGAAAUUACGGCAGCAGAGAGACAAGCGACGAGCAGAAGAAGAUGGGCAGGAUGAAGCACUGCUGAAGUCUCCAGAGAGAGACAGAGGAGAGGCACAGAGGAGAGGGAGAUGAGCCGGUAACACAGAGCUGCAGCAUCUGCUUAGACAUGCCAUGCUCUGAGCCUAGAGCACGGCUACGCACUUAGGCCUCCUUCACUCAAGCAACCAGCACAACCUGCUUUCACCACAGUGAUGAGGACAGCCAGGAAGGGCAGUGUGGAGAUGCCUGCGUUUGUGCGUCAGCUGGUGAAGGAGACAGAGAAGAGGGUCAGCUCCUUCUUUAAAGGGGGCCGAGGGGGGGCUGCUGAGGGGGAGCAUCCAGCAGAAGGAGAGAGGGAGGAGGUGAUACCCAGCCCGUACCUGGACAGGCCUGUUUUGGACAAACUCACAGAGGAGGGCUGCACCCGCUGGGGGCUCACCUAUGCCCUGGGGAGCAUGCAGGGCUGGAGAGCCAACAUGGAGGACUUCCACAACUGUGUACCCCAGCUGGGGGGCGAGCUGUCCGAAUGGAGUUUCUUUGCUGUGUUUGAUGGCCAUGCGGGCAAUACAGUGGCACAAUAUUGCUCCCAGCACCUUUUAGGAAACCUCCUGACCACAGGUGGAAUGGGACCAGAGGAUGACCCUGAAAAAGUAAAAGACUCCAUUAUUGAAGGCUUUUUGCAAACGGACAAGCAUCUUCAGACAGUGGCCCGCAGAGAGGGGUGGGAAAGAGGGGGCACUACUGUGGUGGCCACUCUCAUCUCUCCAUUCUACAUCUACUUUGCGAAUUGUGGCGACUCCAGGGCCAUGCUGUGUAGAUCAGGCCAGGUGUGCUUCUCCACCAGUGACCAUAAACCGUACAGCCCCCUGGAGAAGGAGCGCAUCGAGAGCGCAGGGGGGUCCGUGUGCCUCCAAAGGAUCAAUGGCUCCCUGGCUGUGUCCCGCGCAUUGGGGGACUUCAGCUACAAAGGGGCAGAGAACAGGACUCCCAGUGAGCAGAUGGUGUCACCUGAACCUGAGGUGUGUGUGGUGGAGCGCUCCCCAGCCGAUGAAUUCUUGGUUCUGGCCUGUGAUGGUGUUUGGGACACCAUCACUAACGAAGAGCUGUGCGCCUUCAUCCACAACCGCCUCCAAGUUUGCACUGACCUGAGGGAUGUCUGCUCCCAAGUCAUCGACCUCUGCCUUUAUAAGGGCAGCCUGGACAACAUCAGCAUCAUUGUGCUUUGUUUCCCUGGCGCCCCCCAACUUUCGGCUGAGGCACUGCAUCAGGAGGCUGAGCUGGAGGACCUGCUGGAGUCUAAAGUGGCAGAGAUUUAUGAGGAGUUUUGCAACAGAGGAGAGGAGCCUGACCUACUAUCUGUUCUCACGGUCCUGGCAUCAAGCGUCAUCCCUGGUUUACCACCAGGGGGCGGCAUACAGAGCAAGAGAAACUGCAUAAUUUCUGCAUACUAUCAGCAAAAAGAAAUACACAAGCCAACUGUACCAAAUGGAUUGGGAGGUUCCUAAGACAUUACGAGGAAAACUGAAAGAGACUGUAAUUAUUGUUAAUACAAAAUCUUCAUAUGUGCAAAAAGAGAUAGAUGUUUGUUUACACUGUGUUGACAAGCAGCACCUUGUCAGGA